UCUCAUCUCCAGGAACCAUGUCCACCAAGACCACUGUGCGGAGCCAAACCAGCAGCCACCGUGGCUUCAGCGCCAGCUCAGCCAGAGUCCCCAGGCUCAACCGCUCUGGCUUCAGCAGUGUGUCUGUGAGCCGCUCCAGGGGCAGCGGUGGCAGCGGGGCAGUGUGUGGAGGAGCCGGCUUUGGCAGCAGGAGCCUCUAUGGUGUUGGCGGCUCCCAGAGGAUCUCCAUCGGAGGGGGCAGCUGUGGCAUCGGAGCAGGAUACGGCGGCCGCGUCUCAGGAGGCUUUGGCUAUGGAGGAGGAGCCGGCAGUGGAUUUGGCUUUGGUGGUGGAGCUGGUGGUGCCUUUGGGUUCGGUGGUGGAGCUGGCUUCGGUGGUGGCUAUGGGGGCGCUGGCUUCCCCGUGUGCCCACCUGGAGGCAUCCAAGAGGUCACCAUCAACCAGAACCUCCUCACUCCUCUGAACCUGCAAAUCGACCCCACCAUCCAGCGGGUGCGGACUGAGGAGCGAGAGCAGAUCAAGACCCUCAACAACAAGUUCGCCUCCUUCAUCGACAAGGUGCGGUUCUUGGAGCAGCAGAACAAGGUCCUGGACACCAAGUGGACCCUGCUGCAGGAGCAGGGCACCAAGACUGUGAGGCAGAACCUGGAGCCGUUGUUCGAGCAGUACAUCAGCAACCUCCGCAGGCAGCUGGAUGGGAUCCUGGGCGAGAGAGGCCGCCUGGACUCAGAGCUGAGGAACAUGCAGGACCUGGUGGAGGACUUCAAGAACAAGUGAGUGGGACAGUAGUGGAAAGAGAGGCAUUGAGGGUUUUGUACCAUACAAGCUUUGCAACUAGAUUUCUCCUUAUGCCUUCUCCAUGGGCUAGAAGGAUGGGGUUGUUUGUUUUUGGUGGUGCUGGAGAUUGAACUCAGGACUUCGUGCAUGCUAAGCAAGUACUCUACCAUUGAACUACACUCCCAAUCUUACAAGAAUAUUGCUGAGUCGGGCUCUUCUGUUCCACAGGAACUGUCUCAGCUGCAAACCCAUGUCUCAGACACAUCCGUGAUCCUGUCCAUGGACAACAACCGCAGCCUGGACCUGGACAGCAUCAUUGCCGAAGUCAAGGCCCAGUAUGAGGAGAUUGCUCAGAGAAGCCGGGCUGAGGCUGAGUCCUGGUACCAGACCAAGUACGAGGAGCUGCAGGUCACAGCAGGCAGACACGGGGAUGACCUGCGCAACACCAAGCAAGAGAUUGCUGAGAUCAAUCGCAUGAUCCAGAGGCUGAGAUCUGAGAUCGACCACGUUAAGAAGCAGUGCGCCAACCUGCAGGCCGCCAUUGCUGAUGCUGAGCAGCGUGGAGAGAUGGCCCUCAAGGAUGCCAGGAGCAAGCUGGAAGGGCUGGAGGACGCCCUGCAGAAGGCCAAGCAGGACAUGGCCAGGCUCAUGAAGGAGUACCAGGAGCUCAUGAACGUCAAGCUGGCCCUGGAUGUGGAAAUUGCCACCUACAGGAAGCUGCUGGAAGGAGAGGAGUGCAGGUUGAAUGGUGAAGGUGUCGGACCAGUCAACAUCUCUGUGGUGCAGUCCACCGUCUCCAGCGGCUAUGGCGGCGCCAGCGGUGCGGGCAGUGGCUUCGGCCUGGGUGGCGGAAGCAGCAGCUACUCCUACAGCAGUGGCCAUGGCCUUGGCGGGGGCUUCAGUUCCAGCAGUGGCAGAGGCGUCGGGAGUGGCCUCAGCUCCGCCGGUGGCAGCUCUUCUACCGUCAAGUACACCACGACCACCUCCUCCAGCAGGAAGAGCUACCGGCACUGAAGUCCUGCUCCAGGGCUUGGUCCCCUGACCCCUGGUCCCCUUGGCUGCAGACCCUCUGCUCAGGUGCUAGUCUUGCUGGCCU